AAGAUGAAUACAAACGAGAUGAAGAUUCGAGGGGAGCUUGAAAGGGAUGUGGAGAGGGAUUUAGAGGACGAAAUAAAAGAAGGAAUAUGCCAAUUAGCACUAAGAUUGCACAGGCUUUACCUACAUCAAGAGGAAAGGAACACAAAGAAAUCAGCUAAUGACCUUGGUGCAACAGAUGGUACGCAUGGUACAAACACUAAACCACUCUCUGAAGUGAACAUUAAUAUAAAGAUGGAAGGAGGAACAAAGAUUGAAAUAAAAGAAAUCAAGAAAAAAGCACGUAGGAGUUCUAGCAAUUUGAGAAGUCCUAAGGCGGCGAGUAACGUUAUGUUUACUCGUCCGCCUAAAUUUGAUUGGACACAAAGUUUAAGGUCAGGAUCAACUCCCGCUACUAGCUAUACUAAGAUCCAUAGUUCCAGAAAUCGAGCUAAAAGUAUGGUCAAUAAAAGUGGUCAACAGAAUAUUAAAGUAAUUAAAGAUGUUGGGGAAAAAUCUACGAGGAAUGUGAAAUAGAUGAAGGAGAAGUUGGGAGUCAAUAACACAAUAUAGGAUCUUGGAUGGAAAGUUACAUAUUUACUAUUAUUUAUUCUGGUUUUUGUCCUUUCAUUACCAAAAUAUUUUUAAAUUUUGAGAUAUUAAUUGUGUUGGAUUCAGCACGGUUAUAAUGUGUGUGCUUGAGAGAGAUGUUGUGUGAAAGGAAUUGCAUUUACAAUAUUAAGAUAUUUGUUGUGAUUUUAUGGAACUUGAGGAUUGAAUACA